ACUAUUAAUUUAAUCUAAAGUGAAUUACUUUCUAAUUAAUUACUCGCAGGAUUAGUGGAAACCUCUCUGUGGGGUUCCCCUUGUUUUUUGGCUUCAAAACAAACAAGCGUCUCUGACCCAAUUCACACAAAAUUUCCACUGUCUUACUCUCUUCUCACGCUUUAACUCACAUGGAUUAGAUUAUCUUCUUCCUCCGAACAUUUUCCCUCAUUCAACCUGAAGAAAGUUGAAUACCCCCUUGGAACUUGUGUUUCAGUGAGAUUUUGUGGCAAAAUUUGAGCUUCUUGGAGAAAAUGCAAGAUCCAACGUUCCAGGCAAUGAAGCCGCAUUUUCCAGAGCUUGAGCAGCUCAAAUGUCCGCGCUGUGACUCCACCAACACCAAGUUUUGUUACUACAACAACUACAAUCUCUCUCAGCCGCGCCACUUCUGCAAGAAUUGCCGCCGUUACUGGACCAAAGGUGGCGCACUUAGAAACAUCCCCGUGGGCGGUGGUACCCGCAAGAACACCACCAAGAAACGCCAGAAGCCUGAUCCUGAUCCCUCCCGGAUCAACCCGACCCGGAAAUCUCAAGAGCCGUCGCACUCACACACGCAGUCAUUACUGGGGCCUACUUCUUCGCAGGCAGCGGGCGGGGUUUGUGACGGUUCGAACGAGGACGCGGGGAGGAUAUACGGAUUGCCCGUGGAUCAGGAUCAUAAGAUGCUGGACAUUUCAGGGAGCUUCAGCUCGCUCCUGGCGUCGAAUGGUGGGCUGGGAAGUGUCUUGGAUGGGUUGAACCCAAAUGAUUCGGGUUUAAAAAUGGUGCAAAUGGGUGGCUUUGGCGAGAGUUAUAAUUCAGGUGCUAGUUCGGGUCGGGUGUCCGGGUUGAAUCUCCAGGGCGAUAAUAAUGGUGGUGGUGGUGAGAAUUACAUGCAAAGUGGCGGCAGUGGUAGAGGUGCGGGUGGUGAUUCCAGCUGUUGGAGUGGUGGUGGCAAUGGGUGGCCUGAUCUUUCUAUUUACACCCCAGGUCCUAAUUAUCAAUAGAGAGAAAAAGAGAGAGUAUUUUGUUUAUAUAAUUUGGGUUUAAUGAUGUUAAGUAUGGUGAUUAAUUAUGGUAAUUAGAGAUUAAAGUGGUAAAAGAGAGGAGCAUUUUGAGGUGCUAUAUGCCAUUCUAGAAAUUUACAUGACAUAUAUAUAUAUGCAUAGGUAAUUUUAUUCUUGUUUUUUUUUUCCCCUCUUAUGAGGCUUUCCGUGUUGGUUUGUAUGUGUUUUCUCUAAAUGAAAGAAGAAUGGGUAUUUUUAUUUA